AUGCCUCCCCCAGUGGUGUCUUGGAUGACACCCAAUGGUCAGCGUCACAGUGGCAACAUGUUGGAGCUUACAAGCAUUAACAGAAGUGAAGCCGGUGAAUACAAAUGUGAAGCCAGCAACGAGUGUGGCAAUGCAACAAGGACAGCAAGCAUUCAUGUGCAGUUGAAGUUGCCCGGAAACCCUUGCCUUGUGGAAUGUACCAAUGGACAAACUUGCAGAGAAUUUGGAAAACACUUUUGUCUUUGUCCAAAGGGAAAAAAGGGAAAAGAUUGCAAAGAAAAUGACACAGUGGCAAUUGUUAUCAUGAUCAGCCUUAAAAUAAGCAAUAAAAAGUGGAGAGAGGAACUUACAGACUUGUCUGACCUAGAUACACAACUGUUUGUUGGAAUAAUAAUACGUUCGGUCGAUGAAGAAUUUAAAGGUUCUGGCGUUAGAGAAAUUAAUGUAACGCACCUGAGGUAUCAUCAUUCAUCGAUGACGAAAUCUACUUAUUCUACUUUGAUUUUAAAAUUCUUUAUGUUUCUGGUUGAGAUACUCUUUAAAACCUGA